AUGAACUGGAUGACGGGCGGCAAACACCGCGCGCUGUACUCGCAGCGCGGCCGACGUCGCCAGAUGCACUUCCCCGCGCUCGUCCAGCGCCAGCGCGUCCCGCCCUCGAGUCCGUCUCGCAGCGCUCCGUCAGCCGCCGCCGCCGCCGUCGCCGCUACCGCACGUGCGUCGGCCACGCCCUGGUACAUUGUGCAAGUGGGAGACGACAGCGAGUCGCAAGAUGUCCGUGUGCUGGCGCUCGAGCGGCAGCGGACCGCGACUUCCCACGACGUCGUCCCGACGCGAGCGCAGACGGGGCGAACGGAUGUGGCCGGCCACGAGCGACAAAACAGCUGCCAGCCAUCGUCCACGAUCGAGUCCGCGCCGUGCAUCUUCACGCCCGUCAAGAAGGCGCGACGAGGCGACCAGACGUUCGAAGCGGUCCCGCGACUGCCCCAUGUCCGUGGCGAACGACCGCUGGCGUCACUUGUCUCUGGCAGUGACUCGGGCGCUCUCAAUGACAGUCAAGAGCGUCGACACGAGAGGACGGCGCAAGGCACCGAGCGAGAACCGGCGGAUCGGUUUCCAUUUGACACACGUGAUAGUCGUCACUCCCUACAGCACAUGAGUCGAGACGAUACCCGAAACGUGCGGCAGCUUAUCCAGCCACGUCGCCAAGACAGGAUGGACGAAGACCUCGACAGAGAAGCCUUUGACUGCCGAAUGCCUGAGGCGCAGCCGCAAUCGUUCGACGCCAUCUAUGACCAGCAACAAGCACUUUUUGACGGCGCUAGUGAGGUGGACCAGCGAUGCUUCCAGCGUAGACGACUCGAAUCCGCUCUCAGUGCCGACUCCAGUCCAGACUCGCCAUUUGACCGACCGGAUAGCCAUUCGUUCCGACUCUCGUGCCAUCCGUAA